UCAGAGAAAGAAGGAGCUCCAGAAACCACCGGCACAGAAAAAAAGCCCAGAGAAGAAUAUGUCGGAGAUUGAUGAGCAUAUUCUCAAAAGAUUUGAUGUGAAGAAACGGCUUGGCAAAGGCGCAUAUGGUAUAGUUUGGAAAGCUGUCGAUAAAAAGACAAAAGACGUUGUCGCUAUCAAAAAAAUCUUCGACGCAUUUCGUAACCAGACUGAUGCGCAACGCACGUUUCGUGAGAUCAUAUUCCUGCAGUCUUUUAGGAACCAUCCUAACAUUGUGAAGCUACAUAGCAUUCAUAGAGCUCUAAAUAAUAGAGACAUCUACCUCGGUUUCGAAUAUAUGGAAACAGACUUGCACAACGUUAUAAAGCGUGGAAAUAUCCUGAAAGAUAUACAUAAGCGGUACAUUAUGUACCAAAUGCUAAAAGCUACAAAAUAUAUACACUCGGGAAACGUUAUACAUAGGGAUCAGAAACCUAGUAAUGUACUAAUUGAUAGUGCUUGUAGGGUAAAGCUAGCAGACUUUGGCCUUGCACGCUCCGUGUCCAGUAUCUACUCAGGAGGUGAAGAAGGGGCAGAUCCAUGUUUAACUGACUAUGUGGCUACACGCUGGUACAGGGCACCUGAGAUACUCAUCGCUAGUAAGAAUUACACCAAGGGAAUCGACAUGUGGUCAUUGGGUUGCAUUCUUGGAGAAAUGCUCACAGGCAAACCAUUGUUUCCCGGCACAUCAACUGUUAACCAAGUGGAGAGGAUCAUGUGUGCCCUACCAAAACCUUCGCCUGAAGAUAUAGCUGCAGUGUGCAGCGGUUAUGGUUCCUCACUGAUCCGAGAACAAGCAAACACAGGAGGGAGUGGAGGGGCAACUCUAACGUCUCUUCUGUCUUGCGCUCCAAGAGAUGCUGCUGACUUGGUACAAAGACUGUUAGUGUUCAAUCCUGCUAAGAGACUGUCUGCUGAAAUAGCUUUGGAUCAUGAAUAUGUAGGAAAAUUUCACCAGGAACGCGAUGAGCCAGCUUUACCGUCAGAUGUGUUACUACCAUUAAGAGAUGACAAGCAAAUGUCUGUAGAUGACUACAGAAACAAACUUUAUAGUAUCAUGGCUAAAGGAUCUCAGGGACAUAAUGCUUAUUCCAAGAAGAUUCACACUACUAGCAAAACCCAUCCCUUACCAUCAACAAUGACCAAGAGUAGUAAGAGUUUUCACGAACCUGACGCUAAAACCUACACAAAACCUAAAAUCAGCGUCUCUGCUGACCCGAAAUCUCGUCCUAAACGUUCAGAACUGAAAUCUGUUGAAAGACCGAUUAAAGAGUAUCGUAGUGAACAAACAAUAGAUCGGUCAGGUUCUCUCGGGAAACCAAUGAAGGCUUUUGACUAUGAACCCGUGAAGUCCAGGGACUUUGAUAGGCACGAUUGGUCCAAUUGUCACGGUGAUUAUUUCCAACCAGUCACCAGGCAGAGUCCCUCUAGAGUGAGUUUCAUGUCUGGAGGUAAGCAAACUCUGCAGCAACGAAGAAAUUCUACUUCUUUCUCUACCAUUACCAUAGGAGGUGAUGCUGACUAUAUCGGGGUGACUAGGUCUGGUCAAAGACAUGGGGUGAUUACAGCAAGUGCCCUGAUGGAUCUCAGGACGAGUAUGAGAUGAAUUUUGGAGUUGUAAUCUCGAAUUUUCGUACGCCAUAAGGUUUUUUAUAUGCAUUUUGAAGUUUAAAGGUUUAUUAUGUUUAUUUGACUAGAGUUUCAAAGGUGUAACAAACUCUUGGGGGCUGGGACUUACAAAAAUGUUAGGAUUCUUACACGAAUGUCACAAAAAUAACAAAAAUUCUUAGACGAAUGUCCCUAGAUCCCAAAAUACGGUUACACUGGUAAAUAUGAUAUUAAAGUAAUCCCAUUAAAUGUUUGUUUUUGGUUUCGAAUUCGAAAUUGAGGCUUUUGUUGUUUCAAUGUGUGAAAACUCGGUUUAAUGGGAAAAAUGCAAAGGUUUCAGAUUAGUGUGAAAUAUUAAAUUUUGAAUUAUGGAAAAAUGGAAUUCAUUUCAGGAUUGAUUAAUGGUUUUGUGUAUAGUUUGAAAUGAAUCUGCCAUUGUGUGUUUUAUUUUCUGGUGUAAUGAUGUGAGUAAAUGCUGAAAACAGAUACCUCGAAUGAACACUAUGCCAACUUAAUUUUUG